AUGUUUCGCGUCAUAUUCGCAGCCAGCGUGGCAUCGGCUCUUCCUCACGCUCUCCUUUCCGCUUCCAUUGACAUUAAUGUCUCCCCGCAGAAUGGUGCAGAGGCUGCUCUUACAUUAGAAGCAUGCGCUCCAAGAGCAGCAGGCACAGGACCCUCUACCACCCCUGACUCCGCCGAUGCCUUUAUCAUCAACACUGCCUUCUCCGUCUUCGCCGAUACUGCUUCCACUCCAAAGGGAUACACACAAGUCUUCCAGGAUCUAUCAGGUUCGAAUAUUCAGCUCGACAGCUACUUGCAAUUCCAUUAUUUGACCACUUAUAGCACCGCGGACUGUGCGAGAGCCUGUGACGAAACAGAAAACUGCGCGGCUUUCAACAUUUACUUUGAGCGCGAUCCUGUCGUCGAGCCAGCGGCUGCUUGCCCGGAUCCCGCAUCCACAGCAGCGAUCAAAUGUGCUUUGUAUAAUGAGGCUGUCGAUGAGACUUCUGUUAUUAACCUUGGUCAAUUCCGUGAGGAGUUUGAGGUUGUGAUUGCUGGAUCUAAUGGAUUCGUGAAGAUUGGAGGCGAGAUCCCUGAAACUCCUGAAAUUCCGGAGAACCCGAAUAUGCCUGGAGAAGGGGAUUCUCCUGAUACGCCUGAUACCCCCGACACUCCCGGUAGCGGCUCACAACCAAGCAGUGGUCAAGAACCAAGCAAUGGCGAGCAUCCAAACGAAGGCUCAGAACCUUCAGAUCCAACUCCAUCAGAGCCCCUCAACCCUGGUCCAGAAGAACCCCAUCCAGAUCUCCCAUCCACCAACGAGCCCUCCUCCCACAAUGCUCCAGUAUACAGCUUGCCUGAACAUGGAACAGCACCAAAACUCCCGGCUUGCCCUGCUAAAUAUCACGAGUAG